GUAACCUCUACAGUACCAAGUUUAGUUUCACGGCAUAUCUCAACUUCUUUUUCCCACCUUUCUCAGACAUUGUUCAUACACUCUUUUCGAUUGUCCUACCAUGUUCUCCAGUCGUUUAUAUGAAAAAGCACAUUCAUCUAAAAGUAAAGUCUACGCAAAAUCACGUCGACACUCCACAAACUUGGGCUCCACAUUUGCUCACAAUAGCAAAGAAGAAGAUCAUGAUAACUAUCGUCUUCCUCAACAAACAAUAAUGCCAUCUCCGCGGCAGACAAAAUCCAUAAACUAUCCUAUUUCAUCUUCAUUAUCGUGGGAUCCACAUAUUGAUGAUCUGGAAAUACUCUAUGCCAAAGUCAACGGCUUGACGAACAUAACUCCAUUUGCCUCUCUAAGUUCAUCAUCAGCUUCUCCUACCACUCAUUCAAAUGUAAAAUUGGGCAUCCGACACUCUUCAUCUUCCGUCUCCAGGCAUCUCGAUAAAGAUCAGGAAUAUCGUCAAACAACUGUAUCAUCAUCACAACAAGAAUCACCAUCAUCGUCUGUACUGGCAUUGACAGCAGAGACAGGAUCUACAUCAAAUCUGAUUACUGAUAUGCCAAUCAACACCCAUCAUCAUUUACCCGUGCUGCUAUUCACCAUCACCAAUCAGCUUAUCCAGGCACGUUUAGAUACAAUUUCAGAAAUCAUGAUACGAAAACAUCACAAUCAACAUUCUCUGCAGGGAGAUGAAGAGGAUAAGACAGCUAUAAAAACAGUGGAAUUGAUCACUUCAUGUAUUACACUUGCGGAAACCAUGGAACAGUUAUCAGCAUCCCAUUUAGCCUCCGAAAGACAAUUCCGAGCUGUUUUGUUGAAUCAUCCAUCUCCAAAGUCUGAAUUUUCAGGACAAGAAGAACAAGAACAAGAGGAUAAAGGAAUGAUAUCAUGGUAUCAUGACCAGAUCCAUCAAUGCGUACAAUUAUAUGAACAACAAGUGUUUAUGACUGAUACCUUGCAAGAUAUGUUAACAGAACUUGAACAGCAGUACAAAGAUGUUGAAGAGGAUGCAGACCGACAGUGUACUUUAUCUUCUUCUUCAUCAUCAUCAUCAUCAUCAUCAUCGUCAUCAUCAUCGAUAUCAUCAUCUGCUUUUGACGAUCAUUCCCUAUCCUUGGAACCAGAACUGACAGCACCUAAUCGAUGGGACUUCACACGUUCAAUUGCGGAUCUACUUGGACUAGAAGAAAUGGAGGAUUGUGUACAAUCGAUGAAGUACAAAGUUGGCAUGUGUGUGGGUGAUGGUAUCGGAACAGGUCAUGUCAUUCAUCCACCCAAACGUAACAAAGGCAACAACAACAACAACAACAACAACAAUGAUAACAGUAAGAAGAAAAAAACAAAAGUCGCUCCAUUGUUUUCGACGUCUUCUUGUAUUAGUGAUAUCAAUGAUAAUAAUAUGAUUGAUGUUAGUAUUGAUAACGACAAUAUCAGGUGUAUUCAAAGACGGCAUAUAAUGUAUCUACCAAGGCAUCAUUGGAUACCUGAUCAUGCUCGCCAACAUUGCCAACUCUGUGGAGUUUUAUUCUCUUUUAUUGUUCGACGACAUCAUUGUCGAAGAUGUGGAAAACUCCUUUGUCAUCAGCAUAGUAGACAUCAGUUGCCUCUUUAUCAUCAAAGCUGCAAAUUAAACUCUUCUCAUGAUAAAAAUGAAGAGAAGACUUCAUGGACUUGUACUUGGAAUAGAGUAUGUGACCAAUGCUUUUUGGAAGUCAUGAACCAUUCCUUUUGUACAAAAGAAACAAUUCUACCAUCUCCUUGAUUUUCUUAUCCUGACAUAUUUAUAUAUUUUAAGUCAUAUUUAUUGUUAAAUUUAAUAGCAUAAUUAUUUCACUUUAUAUAUUUGAUUGAAAAAUGCUAUGAUCUUU